GCGGAGCCAAUCAGGAAGCGGCGCGGAGUAUUUGAAUCUAAGGCGGAGCCCAGCACAAAACGGUCGCUGUCGUUUUCGCCUCCGUCGCCGUUGCUUCUUGACCCAGCGAGAGGAGGAGGAGGAUGCAGGUCCCGGAGCUGGGCAGAAGGCCGGGAGCCAUGCGGAAAAGCGAGGUCCUGGCGGAUGAGUCCGUGGCCUGCCUGAGCCAGGCCUUGAGGCACCUGCAUGACAUCUGGGAGGAGAUCGGCAUCCCCGAGGAGCAGCGCCUGGAGCGCACUCAGGUGGUCCGGAAGCACGUCAAGGGCCUGCUGGAGAUGAUGGUGGCGGAGGAGGAGAGCCUGAAGGGGCGGCUGCUCCAGAGCAUCGCCACUUGCCGCAAGAGGCAGGCCGACCUCUGCAAAGAGCUGCAACUGGCCCCCUUUGAGGAGGAUGAGGAGGCCACCAUCCUGCAACUGGAGAAGGACCUGCGCACCCGGGUGGAGGUGAUGCUGAAGCAGAAGCGGGAGCGGUGGCAGGAGCUGAAGGCCCUGCAGGAGCGGGACCAGGACCUCUGCGACCUGCUCUGCGCCGAGCCAUUUGCUGCCACCGAAGAGCCUGGGGCUGUGCCCAGCCUGGCCCAGCUGGAUGCCUUCCGCCGACACUUGGCCGCGCUCACGGCCGAAAAGGAGCGGCGCUGGAGCGAGUUCCUUGAAACGAAGCAGCAAAUUGUGCUAUGCAUGGAGGAGCUGGAGCAGAGCCCCGAGACCAGCUUUGAGCGGGAUGUGAUCUGCGAGGAUGAGGACGCCUUCUGCCUCUCCGCCGAUAACAUCGCCGCCCUCAAGGAGCUCCUGCAGCAGCUGGAGAUCAAGAGAAGCCAGAAAGAAGCACUGUGUGAAGAUCUGCGCUCCAGGGUCCUGGUGCUCUGGAACCGCCUGCAGGUCCCUGCGGAGGAAAGGGAGGCCUUUGCCCCCUACAUGGUGGGCUUCAAGUCCGAGAUCAUAAACGCGCUGCGGCGGGAGGAAGAGCGCCUGGAGCAGCUCAAGCGCGACAACAUCCAGAACGUGGUGGAGGCCAUCCGAGGGGAGCUGGCCAGCUACUGGGAGAAGUGCUUCUAUAGUGAGCAGCAGAGGCGCUCCUUCAGCCCCUACUUCCAGGACGACUUCACAGAAGAGCUCCUACAGCAGCACGACGCAGAGAUCCUGCGGAUGAAGCAAUAUUACGAGGCCCACCAAGAACUGUUUGAAGGCAUCCGCAAGUGGGAAGACAGCUGGCGCCACUUUCAGGAGCUUGAGAGAAAGGCAUUGGACCCCAGCCGCUUCACCAACCGUGGGGGCAACCUUCUGAAAGAAGAGAAGCUGCGGGUGAAGCUGCAGAAGACUCUUCCAAAGCUUGAAGCAGAGUUGCAGGACCGGGUGGAGCGCUGGGAACAGGAGCACCGGGAGCCCUUCCUGGUGCAAGAGCAGCCCUUCCUGCAGUACGUGGCCGAGCAGUGGCGCCUCCACCACCUGGAGAAGGAGCGCGAGCGACAGGAGCGACAACUCAAAAAAUCGCGCCAAAUUGAGGAGGAGAUGAUGUACGGGAGCAGCCCCCGGACCCCCAACAAGAGGAGAGGGAUGGGCCUCACCACACCCGGAAAGGUCCGGAAGCUGAACAUCACGGCUUCCACACCCAACACCACCAUGCGCUCGACCCUCAGGGGAUCUCUCUUCAAUUCCCCAGCAGCGUCAGUGUCUCGGCCUCCACUUUCCGGAAGGAAGGUACGUUGUGGCCCGGUGCUACCCUAACCCCAGCAUCUCUGUUUCAGUCAGACACUAGAGGCGAGGAGAUUAAAUGCAAUUAUUUUAGUCUGACAGCUAUUGGGUGUACAACAGGAAAAAUAGUGCCACCACUAUCAUUUUAGUAUCUAAAGUUUUUAAACAAGUCUUUUUACAUUCACCGCUUUUUUUUUUUUUGCCCUUCUCUCAAGUGUGCCUCUUAUCUAUAUUCAUUCCAGCCAUUUCCCCCUUUCUUUUCCCCCCUAUUCCUAUGUUCCUCCUCCCUUUGGGUCAUAAAGUCCCAUCUCUUGAACUUCUCCCAUUCUUUUAAUACUUCUGUUUUGAUUA